AUGCCACCUCGAACAAAAGCUCAAGGGUCAGGUUUGGGUAAAGCCCUGAUCAAUCGGAAGGCUAAGGAAGCUGUUGCUCCCAAAGAAUCUCAACUGUAUACACUAGACGAGUCGAAUCCACUUGCGUCUAUUACACACGAGAGAGAUCUAGAUGAGUUUCUGGCAAAUGCCGCUCUGGCGGAUCAUGAUUUCACCACUGAGAGAUCGAAGAUGAGGAUCAUAAGUGCGCCUAAUAUGCCUGCACCGGAAACGAAUCCCUAUCUACUUUCCGCUCAAGAAGAGAAAGAAGUCAUCAAGAAGAAGAGAGAUAUGGCAUCGGACUUGAAGGUCCCCAGGAGGCCAGCGUGGACAAGGAAGAUGACUAGAUUGGAAUUGGAGAAACAAGAGAGAGAUGCGUUCUUAGACUGGAGAAGGGAUUUAGCACAACUUGCCGAAAAGUCAAGUUUACUGAUGACACCUUUCGAGAGGAAUAUUCAAUUAUGGAGGCAACUUUGGCGUGUACUGGAAAGAUCCCAUUUGAUAGUACAAAUUGUAGAUGCCCGAAAUCCAUUAGGUUUCAGAUGUGCGGAUUUAGAAGAUUACGUCCAAGAGAUUGGAAGUGAUGAGACUGAUGAAGAGAUUACUGUGCCAGGAAAGGGGAAAAGAAGGAGUUUGUUGUUGAUCAAUAAAGCAGAUUUAUUGACUUAUGAUCAGAGGUGUCAAUGGGCAGAACACUUUGAAAAACAAAAUAUAUCAUACGCUUUCUUCUCUGCUGCUAACGCAGCGGCGUUACAAGAACAAGCUGAGAAACAACGUCAACGACUAGCUGGCGAGAUUCCUGUGGAAGAUGAUGAUGCCAAUUCUGAUGAAGACAACGAGGAAAAAAUUCAAGAGGAAGAAGAGGAACAAGCCGAGCUCGAGGAAGCAAAUGAAAUUCCUUCUGAUGAUGAUGACGAAACCGAAUCUGAGAUAGACGAGGAAGAAGAAUUGGCUGAACAAGUGAAAAAGACCAGGUUUGAUGACGAUUAUGAAGAAGGUUGGUCGACGGAGGGUGAAGGCGAGGACGAAAACGACCAGUCGGAUGGCGAAGUAGAAGAACAGCUUGCGCAAGGGGAGAGGGUAUCUUUGGAGAAAGUAGUCCAGGAGAUCGCGGCCAAGUACGGUGCUCCCCCGGAAGGUGAAGAAGAGAAUAUCAGAACAAGAGUGUUAUCUGUCACAGAGCUUGAAGAAUUGUUCAUAAAUUCUGCCCCUGAUAUUAAAUUGUUCGCUACGCCUCGUGAUCCUGAACCCACCAAGCUCAUGGUUGGUCUUGUCGGUUAUCCCAAUGUCGGUAAAUCAUCUACCAUCAAUGCGCUUCUGGGUGCAAAGAAGGUUUCUGUUUCAGCUACUCCAGGUAAAACGAAACAUUUCCAAACUCUGGUGCUCUCCGAUACCGUCACAUUAUGUGAUUGUCCAGGUUUAGUCUUCCCACAAUUCGCCAAUACUCAAGCGGAUAUGGUGGUUGAUGGUGUACUACCAAUUGAUCAAAUGAGAGAAUACUCAGCUCCCGCAGAUUUGCUGUGUAAAAGAAUACCCAGGGAGAUUUUAGAGGGAACAUACGGUAUUAGGAUUGAUGUCAGAGAUGUUGAAGAUGGAGGGACAGGUCAAGUCGGUUGGGAAGAAUUCCUGUCUACCUAUGCGAUCGCACGAGGUAUGACCCGAUCUUCGUUUGGUAUGCCAGAUACAUCUCGAGCUGCACGUUAUAUACUUAAAGAUUACGUCAAUGCGAAAUUGCUGUAUGCCCAUCCUCCACCUGGUAUCGAAUCCGAUGAUUUCAUGGCAUCAUCUCGUGCUAUAACGUUAGCUAAAAUUGAAAAAUCAUAUGAAAAUGGUCGAAAACGUGCACCCGUCACCCAUGUCUCCAAAAACGCAGACACAUAUGUCAAACCUGCUGGAUCAGGAUCAGGUCCUGGUCCUCAAGAUAAUACGACCGAAGAAGGUGAAGAGCAAAAAAGAGAAAAACAAUUGACGACGAAGUCAAUCAGGGCUAAUGCAGCUUCUGCACCUAUGAGAUCAGGUAGAGAAAAAGCUCAAGCUUUAGAUAAUGUUUAUUUUACUGAAGGUGGACCUCAACCUAGAUUAGUCGUAAAGGGUAGAAACCAAAUCAAUGACGUUCCCGAAGGAGGACUUUCGUUCGCUCGAUCAACAGUUUACCCACAUCAAAGAAUGUUGGGUCCUGAUGGGAUGCCAGUAGUAGGUCAAUCGAUGAAGGACUCGGGAGCAGGAAUAGGUAAGAAACAUUUCAAGAGGAAAGAAGGGAAAAAGAGAUCUGGUAGAGGAUAUGAUUAG